UUAGGUACAUACAGUUCAUGGUGCAAAAACAUGUUUUCUUUGUGGUGUUGUUCUGUCAAGGGCCAGCUAUGACUAGGGAUACAAUUAAAAGGGGUCAAGCUUAAGCAUGUCAGUGUCUUAGAGCAAUCAUCUUGGCGCUGAUCAACAACCCCUAUCAUUAGCAAACGUGGGUCAUUUUGAUUAGACAUAAAGAGAGUGAAAAUAAAAACAUAUAUCAGUUUCCACUGUCAAUCAUCUUCUUGUGUAUAUAUAUGCACUAUGGAAUGAGGGUUUAGUUUGUUUCUGUUAAAGUUGGUUUUGUUGAUUGAAGAGUGAUGUCUUUGUUUGGUGUUUAUUCCAUCAGCGAAGUUGGCAAGGAUGUUGCUGGAGUUGCUGGGAACAUCUUUGCUUUUGGGUUGUUUAUAUCCCCCAUACCAACAUUUAGGAGAAUUAUCAGAAAUGGGUCAACAGAAAUGUUCUCAGGGUUGCCAUAUUUUUACUCUCUCUUGAACUGCUUGAUCUGUUUGUGGUAUGGCACACCUCUGAUAUCACCUGACAAUUUGUUGGUAACAACUGUUAAUUCAAUUGGAGCAGCCUUUCAACUUGUGUACAUAAUCCUCUUCUUGAUGUAUGCUGAGAAAGCAAGAAAGGUGAGAAUGAUUGGAUUACUGAUAGCAAUUUUGGGCAUAUUUGCCAUCAUACUAGUUGGGAGCUUGCAAAUUGAUGACACUGUGAUACGCCGAGUGUUUGUGGGAUUCUUGAGUUGUGCUUCUCUCAUUUCAAUGUUUGCCUCUCCAUUGUUUAUAAUUAAAUUGGUUAUUCGGACAAAAAGUGUUGAGUUUAUGCCGUUUUAUCUUUCACUUUCGACCUUCCUGAUGAGCACCUCCUUCUUUCUUUAUGGGUUGAUCAGUGAUGAUGCCUUCAUUUAUAUACCAAAUGGGAUAGGAACUGUUUUAGGAAUCAUACAACUGAUAUUAUAUUUCUAUUACAAGAGUCCAUCCGGUGAAGACUGCACAGAACCCUUGGUAGUGUCAUAUGAAUGAUCCAUGCUGCCGAGUGCUGGCAAAGUCAAGUAUACUAUAUGCCGAGUACCAAGGUGAUAAACAAUUACCUGUUGUGAAAUUUCCAUGAAGUGAGUUUCAUUCUCUGAAUCACGAAGAAGUCUCCCUUUCUCAUCAUAGAGAAUGAGGCCACUAAAGCUUGGCAACUCACACUUCUCCCCCCUCAGUAUUGGUCUUUGCCACACUGGUGAAUCGGAGUUAUGGCUAUGCCACCCACUUUCAAGACCCUGCCUUUGUAAGCCAAGCAAUGGGGACCCCCUCUCUCUCUGCCAUGCAAUGUUCUCCUCCAAUUUGCUUGCCUUGCUCCACAACAUUGACCCCAUGAGUACCCUCUUCACUGAAAUCCACCCCACACAACUUGGCUCCGACCAUUCUGAAGAUGUAGUAGUAGUAGUACUAGUACUGGUAGUUGUGGUAGCAUUUUCAUUUUCAUUUUCAUCAUCUAUAACACCCUCUUGGUGCACAAUCUUAUUGUUAAUGGCCUUUCUUCCAAGUAUAAUAAAAAUGCAAAGGCACACAAGUGCAAAGCUUGCACAAGCAA